GCGACAGGCUGGCUCCGCGCCCUCCCCGCCUCCUCCGGGUGCCGGGCCCGUCGGUCCUCCCGAGAUGUUGCUGCCGCUGUUGCAGCUGUGCAUGCAGCUGCCUGUCCGCCGACUCCACCGGGGUAGCGCCCGUGUGUCCGAGGGCGCAGUAGAGCCGAGCCAUGCAGCUGGGAGCUGCGCUGCAGGCCGUGCUGCUGGCGGUGCUGCUGGCGGAGCCUGGGGGCGCGGGCGGCCGUCUGCAAAGUGCCUCGGACUUGGACCUCAGAGGAGGGCAGCUGGUCUGCCGGGGAGGGACAAAAAGGCCUUGUUAUAAAGUCAUUUACUUCCAUGAUGCUUCUCGAAGACUGAACUUUGAGGAAGCCAGAGCAGCCUGCCGGAGGGAUGGGGGCCAGCUGGUCAGCAUCGAGUCUGAAGAUGAACAGAGACUGAUAGAAAAGUUCAUUGAAAACCUCCUGGCAUCUGAUGGUGAUUUCUGGAUUGGGCUCAGGAGGCGUGAGGAGAAACAAAGCAAUGGCACAGCCUGCCAGGAUCUUUACGCUUGGAUCGAUGGCAGCACAUCAACAUUCAGGAACUGGUAUGUGGAUGAGCCUUCCUGUGGCAGCGAGGUCUGCGUGGUCAUGUACCAUCAGCCAUCAGCACCCACCGGUAUCGGGGGACCAUACAUGUUCCAGUGGAAUGAUGACCGAUGCAACAUGAAGAAUAAUUUCAUUUGCAAAUAUUCCGAUGAGAAAUCAACAGCUCCUUCUACGGGGCCCAGAGGUGAAGGAACAGAGCCAGCCAUACCUAUACUUCCAGAAGACAUAGAGAAAGAAGAGGCCAAAGAAACAUUUAAAGAAAACAAAGAAGCUGCCUUGAAUCUUGCCUACAUCCUAAUCCCCAGCAUUCCCCUUCUCCUUCUCCUUGUUGUCACCACAGUUGUAUGUUGGGUUUGGAUCUACAGAAGGAGGAAACGAGAGCAGCCAGGCCCCAGCACAAAGGAGCAGCACACCAUUUGGCCCUCUUCUCAUCAAGGAAACAGUCCGGACCUAGAGGUUUACAAUGUGAUACGAAAACAAAGUGAAGCUGAUUUAGCCGAGACCCGGCCAGACUUGAAAAACAUUUCAUUCCGAGUCUGUUCGGGAGAAGCCACUCCUGAUGACAUGUGUUGUGACUAUGACAACAUGGCUGUGAACCCAUCUGAGAGCGGAUUUGUGACUCUGGCGAGCAUAGAGAGUGGCUUUGUGAACAAUGACAUUUAUGAGUUCUCUCCAGACCCAAUGGGGAGGAGCAAGGAGUCUGGAUGGGUAGAAAAUGAAAUAUAUGGUUAUUAGGACACACAGAAAACAAGAACCAACAAAAAUGGGAAAGAAAAGAAGCAAAAUUCUCCUAUUUUCUAUAAGGAAAACACUCAGAUAGCCUGUGAAAAUGCUCAGAUCAGGUCCUGGGGGUGAGCAUGUGAUCUCCAUUAGCCCCUAUUGACCCCCAAGUUUGGGCUAUAGCCCUUAUUCCAGUCUUUUACCCAGCUCAACUUUAUGAGGAAGUACCUUGCUGAGGAUCUGGCACAUAGUUGACAAUAAAUGUCAAUUGAUUGGUUAUAUCUCACGUUCAAAGGACAGUGCUUUCAUUGGCAGAGAGAGACUGUAGAUGUGGGACUGGAAACCCAUCCCUAGGUUCUGUUUUUCUUGCUCUAUACAGUACCACACAUAAUCACAGAGAGAUAAAAAUAGAGAAGCUUUCAAAGCCCGCGUAUGCCAGCACUGGGCCGGCCUGUGCAUCAGCAAUUCUUGUAUCUUUUUUUUCUUCAAAGAAUUGAAUCAAAUAAAAAGCAGGAAGCACAGUGUUAGUCAAUCUGUGUCUACAGUCCUUCCUCUACAUAUGGUCUCAGGGGACCUUUUUUCUUUCUCUGACAUCCAAACUUGGAAAUACACAACUUAUAAAUACUUUAGAAACUAAAAAUGAAAUUUGAAUCUUGGCUUCUAGGCUUAUUUGCAUUCCCAAGCCUGAUAUUGCACGUUGUUCUGUUUGCGUGUUUGUUCCAGUAGAGCAUCAACAUAAUAUUACUAAUAAUGAAAAUAAUUCUUCCUUUUUGUUUUAGGGACCUGACUAUUUCUAAUACCUUUGGACUCCAAUCCAGAGAAAUGUUUUGUAGCCUCACAUCGGUUAUUUACCUUUUGAAGGUCUGAAAGCCAUUAGUUAAAAUUACUAGCAACCUCUAUCAGUUGAAUAAUCCUUUUAUUUUAACCAUUCUUCGUAUAUCUUAUUUUUGAAGAGUUUGUAACUUUGCCUCACAUAUGGAGCGCCAAGCUAGAUAAAAUGGACUAGCCUGGGUCAGAGCUGUAUGGAAUGCAGUGGAUUGUGUUCACUGCCCGAUAACCCUGCCCUACUAGGACAGGGAACAGGGUGGAUACAAAAACAUCAUGUAUGCCUGCUUCGGGGAAGUGUGUUUUGUGGAAUUACAACAUUUCAAGCAAAAACAGUCACCAUGUGGUCUGAAGGACAAAUUCAUUACUCUAAAACACCAAAGUCCCCAUUUUGUGUCACACAUCUUGGCUCUGUGAUCUAUCCCUUUAUCCUCCUCUGUGCCCCUCAACUCUGGCCCGUGUUAGGCUACAAGCACCAUGAGGGUAGGGAUUGUAUCCACCCUGUCAGCACUGUACCUCCUACAACCAAGAAAGACAGUACCUUGCACAGGGUAGACAGUAAACACCUGUUGAAUGGAUGAAGAAUUCAUCUUUCGGGCUGAUAUAAAAGUCUAAAUAUUUCAGCUUAAAAGUUUGUAGGACCUGUUUUUCACAAUCCACCUGAUGGGGGAGGCAAUUGGUUCAUUUUAGUUUGAAAAGCACUCGUACUGCCUAGGAAGAAGGGGGCGCAGUAACAAGUAAACAAAGCUGGUGAAUUGUGUUAACAACUUACAUUAACCAUGUCACUAAAACUUGAAAUGAGGACCCAUUCUUAAGGUUAUAAUCAGAGUAACCCGUUCAACAUCUUCCCUUUGUCAUUAGUGUGGCAUCUCCACUGGGACCCACAGAUCUCUUCCUUCUGGGUUU